AUGCGGUCCCAACGCGCUUGGAGGCGAGCCAAUUUGAUGAUCAUCGAAAGGUACAAAACCGGAAUCAAUGCUAAAAUGUUUCCUGUGACACAACAAAAUCAGCAAGAGGUUGCACCUCCGCCAAACGACGGGAUGACGCAAGAAGUGAUGAGACUGGACAAUCUGAUUGGGAACAUCGAAGAACAAAAUUUGACGCAAGAUUCUCGAUAUGCUUCUGCCUUGCAAUUGAGAGCCAGGUUAACAGGUGGCCAACCUCCGGAAAUUCCCGCAGAAGCCUCUCCUUCAGUUUCUCGUGUUACCGAGUUGACCGCUGCACAGAUGAAUCAAUUACGGGCACAGAUCAACAUUUAUCGCUUACUUGCGCGAAAUGAACCCGUGCCGGGUGAUUUGGCGUUGCAAGCAAAUCCCACGAAGCCCAAGUCAACCACACAUCUACCCGAUCCAUUUGAGUAUCCGAUGGAAGGCGAAAAUGGGGAGAAACUACCAUACGACUUGAUGAGAGUUCUCAAUUUGCAUCAACAAAAGGCUAGCCGUCAAACUACGUUGCCGACACCCAAAGGAAUCGACCCAGUGUCUAUGCAAAAAGAAAGAGAACAUCGCAUCCAAAAUCGGAUUGGCUUACGGAUUCAAGAACUCACCAAUCUUCCAGCCGACUUGCCUAAUCAAAUUCGAGUGAGAUGUGAAAUAGAGCUUCGUUCAUUACGCUUAGUCAAUUUGCAAGCACAGGUUCGAAGUGAAAUAAUGGGAGUUCUAAAACGAGAUACCACUCUGGAAACGGCUCUGAAUCCAUAUGCCUAUCGACGAACAAAGCGUCAAACAUUGCGAGAAGCCCGUGUCACAGAGAAGCUCGAAAAACAACAAAAGAUGGAAGCUGAGCGCAAGCGAAGACAAAAACACUCGGACCUCCUUGGCGCUAUCAUACAACACGCGAAAGAUUUCAAAGAGUUUCACCGCAACAAUCUUCUUAAGCGCAAGACCAUUAAAAGAGCUGUUGAAACGUAUAUUGCCAACAGCGAGAAGGAAAAAAAGAAAGACGAGAUCAAAAAUGAAAGAUUGCGUAUGCAAAAGCUCAUGCAAGAAGACGAAGAAGGAUAUCGACAACUUCUUGAUGAGAAAAAGGACAAACGCCUUGUGCUGCUUUUGAAGCAAACAGAUGAAUAUGUGGAGAGUUUGACCAGUCUUGUUCGCCAACAUCAGAAUGCCGAGAAGAAAAAGAAAAAAGAAGAACGGAAAAUAGAAAAAACCAAAGAAGGCGUAAUGCACGUGCACAUUCGGGAAGUUGCAACAGGCAGGCUUCUGCCUCCAGAGGAUUGCCCAAGUCCAGACGAUGUCGAUACAUGGCUUGAGACUCAUCCGGGAUUCGAGAUUGCUGCUCGAGAUCAAGUCUCUGAUGAAAGUGAAGAUGAAGUCGAAGUUCAGCCAAAAGAAGAAAAGAAAGAGGAAGACGACGAUGAAAUGGAAGGAUUAACAGACGACGAAAAAGCAAGGAGAAUUUUGGAAAAGGCACGAAACGAGGAGGAUGAAUAUGAUCCAAAGAAUAAAAAGCGGAUGGCGGAUUAUUAUGCUACGGCUCAUCGUAUAAAAGAAGUCGUUGUUCUGCAACACUCGACAAUGGGUGGAGGGGAUCCUACACUCAAACUAAAACCGUAUCAAAUAAAAGGUUUGGAAUGGAUGGUCUCUCUCUACAACAACAAUUUGAAUGGAAUUCUUGCCGAUGAAAUGGGUUUGGGAAAGACCAUUCAAACAGUCGCCCUCAUCACAUAUCUCAUGGAAAUCAAAGGCAACAAUGGACCAUUUCUUGUUAUUGUUCCGCUUUCAACGAUUUCCAAUUGGGAUCUCGAGUUUGAGAAAUGGGCUCCAAAUGUCAAGAGAAUCGUCUAUAAGGGAGACAAAGACGCUCGUCGGAGACUUGAUAGCGUAGUUAAGAAAGCAUCAUUUAACGUGCUACUUACGACUUAUGAUUACGUACUGAGGGAAAAAGCUUCGCUUGGAAAGAUUCGCUGGAAGUACAUGAUCAUUGAUGAGGGACAUCGCAUGAAGAAUCACAACAACAAACUCACCUUGAUUUUAAAUGGUUUUUUCCAUGCUCAACAUCGAGUGCUCUUGACCGGAACUCCUCUUCAAAACAAGCUUCCGGAGUUGUGGGCGUUGUUGAACUUCUUGCUGCCAUCAAUUUUCAGUUCGUGUGGCACUUUCGAACAAUGGUUCAACGCUCCAUUCGCAACAACGGGAGAGAAGGUCGAACUGAAUCAGGAGGAGACCAUGUUGAUCAUUCGCCGUCUCCAUAAAGUUUUGCGUCCUUUCUUGCUUCGACGAUUGAAGAAAGAGGUGGAAUCUCAAUUGCCGGACAAAACAGAAUACGUGGUCAAAUGCGACAUGUCGGCUCUACAGAAAGUUCUCUAUCAACACAUGCAGAAAGGUCUUCUCAUCGACACGAAGCAACAACAAGGAGGACGUGCCUUGAUGAACACUGUCGUGCACCUCCGAAAGUUGUGCAACCAUCCCUUCCUUUUCCAGACAGUGGAAGACAGUUGCAAGAAUUUUUGGAACGUGCCAGUAGUUUCAGACCAAGAUCUCGUCCGCGUUGCUGGAAAGUUCGAACUUCUUGAUCGCAUCUUGCCCAAGAUGAAAGAAACUGGACAUCGUGUUUUAAUCUUCUGUCAAAUGACUACGUUGAUGACAAUUCUUGAAGAUUUCUUCAAUUAUCGCGGCUGGAAAUAUCUGAGACUUGAUGGUAGUACCAAGCCCGAUGAACGUGGAGAGCUUCUACGGUUGUUCAAUGCCCCUGAUUCGGACCUUUUCAUCUUCAUGCUUUCUACAAGAGCUGGUGGCUUGGGUCUCAACUUGCAAACUGCCGAUACCGUCAUUAUUUUUGACUCCGAUUGGAAUCCUCAUCAAGACAUGCAAGCGCAAGACCGUGCACAUCGUAUCGGUCAGAAGAAAGAAGUUCGUGUUCUCCGCCUAAUCACCGCAAACUCUGUUGAAGAAAAGAUUUUAGCUGCUGCCAGAUACAAACUGAACGUCGACGAAAAGGUCAUCCAAGCCGGUAAAUUCAAUCAAAGAUCGACGGGUGCCGAACGACGAGAACUUCUCGAGCAAAUUAUUAGGCAAGAACAAGAAGAGAAUGAUGAAGACGAGAUUCCGGAUGAUGAGAUGGUAAACCAGCUUAUUUGCAGAUCGGAAGAGGAAUUCAAUAAAUUCCAAUGUAUGGACAUUGACAGGCGCAGAGAAGAGGCCAACCAAUUGCACAGAAAACCGCGUUUACUCGAACCGAAUGAAAUUCCGGCCGAUAUUUUGAAAGCUGCCGAACAGUUUGAUGAGAUGGAACGGCAAGAAAGGGAGGGCAUUCCGACAAAAGUUGAUACAAGUGAAGGAAGGCGAAAACGAAAACAAGUUGAUUACUCUAUUGAUUCGCUGUCCGAUCGAGACUGGUUGAAACAAUACGAUGAAGCUGUCGAGGAAGAGGAAGACCAAGAAGAUCUGCCUCGCAAGAAAGGACGUGGAAAACGGAAACGAGAAGAAGAUGAAGAUGAAGAAAUUGGUGGAAAGAAAAGGAGAAAAGCUUCGCCCGAAGUCAUUCAAGCAAUGAAUACGGCUUACAAAACAGUUGUCGAAUUCGAGACUAGUGAUGGAAAAGAAAUAGCUGGACCGUUUGUCGAACUUCCAAGUCGUCGUGCUCUUCCAGAUUACUAUGAGGUGAUUGCAAAACCAAUGGAUUUCAAACGGAUCCGUAAGAAGAUUGAUGAAGGGAAAUACUCGACGAUCGACGAUAUGGCCGAUGAUGUAUUUUUGUUGUGUGAAAAUGCUCGGCGCUAUAACACCGACGAAUCCGAGAUUUACAACGACUCGAUCCUUUUGGAGAAUCUCUGGAAGAAACUCACGAGCACUGUUCCCAAAGUUGAGCGUACGCCGGUGAAGAAAGAGGACGACGAAGUCGGUGAAAGCCGCGAUGAUUCAAGAAUUGAUGACGAUACAGGAGAGCUUAGUCGUGCUUCCGGCGACGCUUCAACAUCAGCAAAAGAGGGAGAAACAUCGUCUCGUCGCCGAAAAAGCAAACCGCAACGAGUACUCGACUCGGAUCAAGACUCCGAC